GUCGCCCGGGCGCCCGGCGUCUCUGGCAGAGAGGUGAACGCGGAGGCGGGGACCGUGAAGGGCCAUGGCUGAGCUGGCUCCGGUAACCAUGACAUUUGAUGAUGUGGCUUUAUAUUUUUCGGAACAAGAGUGGGAGAUCCUGGAGAAGUGGCAGAAGGAAAUGUAUCAGCAAGUGAUGAAGAGCAAUUAUGAGACUCUUGAUUCCCUGGGUGGUGUUUUUUCCAAGCCAGAUUUGAUCACCUGGAUGGAACAAGGGAGAACGCUGUUAAUCAGAGACCAGGGACCCUUGGAGGAAAGAAUGACACUUAGCCUUUUUGCUGAUGAGCAGUGGGACUUGCAGAAGACUGGAAAGUUGCUGUAUUUUGAUGACCAAGGAAGUCUUGGGGCAAAAGAGGAGGAAUGCCAUUUAAAUGGUCUCGAAAAGCAGGGUUCAUGUGCUACCUUACCAGAGGAGGAAAAAAAGAGCUUCCCAAAUCAAAGAGCCACCUUACAGCAUCCCAGUCUCCAAGAAGUAGGGAUUCUACCAGAAAACCUUGACAUCAGAGCAUCUAAUCAGGAUAAGACCGAUCCAUCACCUACGCUCAUAGGUACCCUGGGUCACUUGGAUAUUCCACCACCAGGGCCAAGAUUUUAUUCCUGUUUUGUGUGUAGGAAGGUCUUCCAUGUAAAGAGAGACUUGGUAAAGCACAAAAGAAACCACGCCAGGAGCCAGCCCUGUAAGUACCCACAGUACAAAAACAAAUCCAGAGGGAACUCUGAACUCAGGUGGAACCGGCCGAGCCUGUGCAGGAAGAAGCGUUUCCAGUGUGGCAAGUGCGCAAAGAGCUACUCCCUGAGGUGCAGCCUGAUGGGUCACCAGGUGCUUCACAUGGGCCAGCGGCCCUUCCCAUGCCCCCAGUGUGACAAGACCUUCCAGUGUAAAGCCACAUUGAAGAAGCAUCUGUGUCUGCACAGAAGGGAAAGGCCAUUUUCCUGUGAGCGGUGCGACAAGCGUUUCGCCCAGCAGUGCAAGCUCACAGAGCACCUCAGGGUGCACACUGGCGAGAAGCCCUUCCGGUGUCCUGAGUGUGACCGGAGCUUCCGCCUGCAGAGAAGUUUGAAGGCCCACCGUUGCCAGCACGGCGGGAAGAAGCCCUUCUAUUGCCCAGACUGUGGCAGGAGCUUCUCCCAGAGGGCCGCCGUGAGGGCCCACCAGAGGACACACAGUGCGGAGAAGCCAUUUUCUUGUGACGAAUGCGGUCGGAAAUUCACACACAAGACGAAACUCACAGAACACAGCAGAGUUCACACGGGGGAGAAGCCCUUCCAGUGUCCCGAGUGUGAGAAAAGCUUCCGCCUGAAGAGAAGCCUGAAAGCCCAUCUGUUUCAGCACAGUGGGGAGAAGCCCUUCCAGUGCCCGGAGUGUGGCAGGAGCUUCUCCUGGAAGAACGCCAUGAAGGCCCACCAGCGAUUGCACAGCGAGGAGAAGCCAUUCUCCUGCGGGGAGUGUGGCAAGAGGUUUACCCGGCCCUCUAAGCUCGCUCGCCAUAGCAGAGUUCACAGCAGGCCAAAGGAAUUCUCCUGUGACGAGUGCAAGAAGAUGUUUCCUCGGCAGUCAAGGCUCACGGAGCACCUCAAGGUCCACACCAAAGAGAAGCCGUUCUCCUGUCCCGAGUGCGGCAGGAGCUUCAGCCGACACUCGCACCUCACUGAGCACAUGAGACUCCAUGGCAGGGAGGAGCCCUUCCAGUGUCCUGAGUGCGACAAGAGCUUCUACUGGAAGGCCUCCAUGAAGUUCCACCAGCGGAUACACAGGGGUGAGAAGCCCUUCGUAUGCGGUGAGUGUGGGAAGACCUACACCCAGCAGUCCCAGCUCACUGAACAUCAGAGAAUCCACAGCGGAGAGAAACCCUUCCAGUGUCCCGAGUGCGGUAAAAGUUUCCGUCUCAAAGGAAAUUUGAAAAGCCACCUGCUCCAGCACAGCGACAAAAAGCCAUUCGCCUGUGUUAAGUGUGGCAAAAGUUUCACUCAGCAGUACAGGCUCACCGAACACAUUCGAGUCCACAGCGGUGAGAAGCCCUUCCAGUGUCCCGAGUGUGACAAAAGCUACUGCAUACGGGGCAGUUUGAAGGUCCACUUGCAUACGCAUCGUGGCGAGAAGCCCUUCAGCUGUCCCGAGUGUGGCAAAGGCUUCCUCCAGAAGAGAAGUUUGAAGACCCAUCUGCACCAUCACAGAGGGGAGAGGCCUUUUUCUUGUGAGGACUGUGGGAGGAGCUUUACGUACAUGGGGGCACUCAACACCCAUAUCGCAGUACAUGCCAGGGAAAAGCCUUCAGUGUCUAGGUCAAGCCGCCAUGUGGAAAGGCAGCAGUGACAGCUUUUAGGUGGAGCUAGCAGCUCUGUUGGGUCCAUGGUAUAAACGGGGUAAGGGAUUCACAGAGCACUGGCCUCGGACACCCUGGCCAGAUAGAUGGCAGGCAGGACGUGCCGGCUCCUUGACAAAGGUCCCAAAUUAUCCAGGAAGAGGAAAGAGGUGUCUCCUCCCUGUGAUUCCCAUGGACAAGACUUGCUGCUUCUGAAAGGACCAUUUUUCUCUGCUGCCUUCCCAGCAGUUUUCAGCAGUGUCAUCCAAGAGCGUAGUAAUAUCUUUAUUAAAUUCAGAAACCUCGGGGGCGCCUGGGUGGCUUAAGUCGGUUAAGCGUCCGACUUUCGCUUAG